AUGGGUGCUGAUAAUUUUGAAACCAGUAAAAAGGAUGAAAUAGAAAUUAUUGAAACAAUGGAGAAAUUUGGUAAAUAUCAAAAGGUCCAAUAUAUUUACGCUUGUCUCUCGGCGAUAUUCAUCACAAUGAUUCACAUAAAUUAUGUAUUUGUUGCUGGAGACCUCAACUAUCGAUGCCGUAUCUCUGAAUGUGAAAACCAAUACGCAGUUUAUAACGCCACGUGGUUGCCCAACAGCACUGUUGACAGAUGCACAAGACCUAAACUAAAUGAGAAUUUUGUAGUUGGACAAUCAUGCACCAACGAAAGUUUCACAGAUGCAGUCGAAGAAUGCACUGACUGGGUGUACGAAACUAACAACACUGUCAUAGCUACGCUCAAUCUCGCCUGUCAACCGUGGAAAUAUAAUUUAAUUGGGACCAUUCACAAUGUUGGGAUGCUGUUAGCAACGAUAUCAUCCGGUUGGUUGACAGAUAGAUUCGGCCGUAAGCUAACGUUAAUUAUCUGCUCUGUGGGAAGUUGCAUUGGAAAUCUAAAGGCUUUCACUUCGUCGUACUAUGUGUACGUAUUCAUUGAAAUGCUUGAAGCAGCGGUAGCUGGAGGCUCGUAUACGGCAGCUAUGGUUUUAAUGAUAGAAAUUGGCGGUAAAAAGAACAGAAUCCUAUCUGGAGUGCUCUUUGCGUACGCUGUUUACAUGGGGGAAUCAAUAUUCGCUUGUAUAGCAAUGUUCGUGCCUUACUGGAAGAAUCUGAUUCGAAUCAUUUACAGUCCUCCGAUCAUCUUCAUUUCCUACAUAUUCCUACUCAAAGAAAGUCCACGAUGGCAAAUACUCAAUGGUCGGGUUAAGGACGCAAAAAGUACACUUCUACAUAUAGCGAAAGUUAAUAAUAUCAAUAUAAACAAACAAAAAUUAGCAAAUCUGAACGAAGAAGGUCUAAAGAAAGAAUUCAAAAUAGAGAAUUAUGAACAUAAGGAGACUUAUAGGGAUGUAUGGAAAUCAAAACAGAUUUUGAAACGUGUAUUAAUUGGAUCCUUCUGUAGAUUUACUGCCAGCUUUGUUUAUUAUGGGUUAAUGGUAAAUUCGGUGUAUUUGCCCGGGAAUAAGUACACGAAUUUCAUGCUAUCAACGGUAAUGUCAUACCCUGGUGAGCUAACAUCAAUGUAUUUGAUGAACAGAAUAGGAAGAAAGCUUCCAAUGAUGUACGGAUAUUUUAUUUGCGGAUUACUCUGCGUGGCGUCUGCAUGGAUUCCUGAGGAUUACACAUGGCUCAAAAUAUCCUCAUUUCUAUUCGGCAAGCUCUUAGUGUCCGUAUGCUACACCGGAAUUGUCACAUACACAAUGGAGUUGUUCCCUACUAGCGUUCGGGGUACCUUACUUGGAGUAUGCGCACUGGCUUCCAGUAUUGGGAAUAUGUUCGCACCUUUAACACCAAUUCUGAAUACAGUAUCCGUCAUCCUUCCAUCAAUGUUCUUCGGAGGUUUUGCCAUUAUCUCUGGAGCUCUCCUGACUCAAACGCCGGAAACAAAAGAUUUGCAACUGAUGGAUACCAUAGAACAAGUAGAGAAAAGCACAAAACUACAAGAAAGACGAAGAAGAAACAUUAGAAUGAAAGGAGAAGAAAAUUACGGAUUUGAUAAUAAUAUCGUAGCAUAA